AUGGCAACCACUGUCAGCGAAACUCAAACUCUUCCUCCAGCACCAGCAGAGGUGCGAAAGUAUACUUCCCACAAAGACGAUAUGUACGGAAAGUAUUACCCUGCUCAUCCAAAAGACCUGAAACUUGAAUCGAAUUUUGGACCCAUGGCUCCGGAUCAAAUUGGAUAUCUCCAGCCUACAUUCAAGGAAACUCCGAUUGAAUUGAUGCGCGAACGGUUUCAGCGCGAUGGAUACUUAUUCGUCAAGGAUCUCCUUCCCAAAGAAAAAGUGCUCAAGUGCCGACGUCGUUAUUUCGAGCAUAUGGCCCCCUCGGGUCUCCUCAGGGACGACACAGACCCGGUAGAGGGAAUAUUCAGUGAUAAAGACAGUCGAAAGUUCCUUCCACCUGGAAAUCUACGACGGCUUUUCGGUCUGAAAGAUGAUGAAGAGUCAGACAAGUACCUCGAGCUGAUGAUCAGCGCUCACGAGGCUGAUUUCUAUCUCGACUUCUGCGAGAUCGAAGAGCUCAGAACCUUUAUCAGACAAUUCAACGGAUGGGAAGACAUCAUGAUGCUACAACGAACCAUGCUCCGGGCCUUUGUCCCUGACAGUGAAUUGACCCCCGUUCACUUUGAUCAAAUGUACCUUCGAGCAGGUCCGCCAACAAGUAUGACGGCAUGGGUUCCAAUUGGCGACGUCUCCUUGGAAGGAGGAGGGCUAAUGUACUUGGAGAACUCGGUCGAUAUCGGGAAACGGACAGAGGAAAAUUUUUCUCGAAACGCGAGUAAUCUGACCGACGAGGAACGUGUUUCGGCGUUUAACAAGAAUAUGAAGGACGGUGGGUUCUUAAGUCGUGACACCGUAUCAUACGGACAGAAGGCCCAGAGAAAAUGGUUGAUUACCGAAUAUGAGGUGGGCGAUGUGAUCUUUCAUGACCCGUUCCUAGUGCAUGCCAGUUGCAAGAAUAAAGACCCCGAACGACGCAUUCGAUUAGCAACAGAUCUGAGAUUUGUUGAUUCUACCAAGCCAUAUGAUAAGCAUGAGCAGCACAUUGAGCUCGCUCGUUUAUUCCUAGCCAAGUUCUCUCAGACGACGACAUCGAGCAAUCAUCGGGGUCCAUUGCACUGGACUCACCUCAUCGGGGACGGUGGUAUCAUUGGCAUAUUUGAGAAGCUCGCGGUUUCCAACAGUGUCUUUCUCAAAGUGCUAAGCAAAGAUAGCAUUAUAGAGCACAUAAGCCUGACGGAACUUGCAAGAGUCGCAGCCUCUGACCCUCAUGCGAAUGACCCGGUUACCUCGAAGUCAAUUUUCGCCGUCGUCGUGAAAAUGCCCUGCAUUGCGGUCAAAUAUCUAACUCAGGAUGGACAUAUACGUCGAUUUCAAAUCAAGUUCGGUCAGGAUCGUGAUUACUACGCGGCAUUGACCAUUCUUAGCGACAUCAAAUGCCCUUUCUCUGAGCCCAAUAUCGGACCAGUGCCACUGACUCGAAGGCCAUCUACUACACAGUGGCAGGUAGGACCUUCUUCGUCUGUUAUGGCUAGCACGGCCGGAGAUAUACAAGCGGCGGAUGGGUAUACGUCCCAUGGUGCCUUCAUUCCACCCCAUGGAGCGACAUCAAACCCAUUUGCAGCGACAUCCAGUGUCACAGCCGCUCAAGCCUCCCUCCCGUCCUCUUCGAGCACUAUGCACAAUGCUCCUGCGCAUUCCUGGACCAGCGGCACCAACCAGGGAGGCAUGCGAGAUGACAUGACCCCAAGACAGACCAUAACCAGGCCGGUUAGUUCAAACCCACCGAUCCGUAGACCGUCAACAGCUACUACCUGUUACGAUGCGAAAUCCUUGGAUGCUAUACUACCACCCAAACGAAAGCUUCCUUUCCUCCAACCCGCGCCGCCGCGAGCCCCAACCGCGCCAGAACCAUCUCUCAUGCGUUCACAAAGAGCCCCUGAUGGAAGUAUGAUUGGCAAUGCAGAAACCAUGAGUUGCAGACCCGCAACAUCCUCAGGUUAUACAUUUCGCAAACCAGAACAGACCGGCAGGCCGGCAGACAGAAGUUCAAGCGUCAUCGCCCCUACACCUAAGCCUACCAAGAUAUCGCCAUCUGAAAACCCUUCAACCUUGCCUGAACCUACAAGUAUUCCUAUCUGUGAGCCAACCGAACCAUCCGCCGUACCUUCUUGUUUCCCAUCAAACCAGCAGCAUUACCAAACCGGCAGUCCUGUACAGAGCACGUCCUUGCUCGAAGAAGACGUUGGGAGAGAUCUAGGCCCGGCCCUUGCAAACCUCUCAUCAUACUUAUCAGCACCUACGGCCGAGCGGACCAAACAUCUAGAGAACUGGAUCUGUCAACAUAUUGAAGACGAUGGAUUCAUUCAGUUGUGCCAGGAUGUAGAGGGCAUAUGGAAACGUAUUGCAGUGGGGAAGUAG